AUGGUGACGGAACGAGAUCGAUUCGUGCGCGGUAUGCGCGUUGGCAGCGUGGACACGUUGGAAGCUGCGGAUGGAGGAGGAGGCGAGGCUCUUAUGAUUUGCGAGCCUCCGUUUGGCUUUGGCGGCGACGAUCCGACCUCCUUCGUAAAUGGAUGCGCUGGUCUUCACUUCCCUUCGCAAUGCCGGUCUGCUCUGGGUGAGGUCCGCCCAGCUCUUCGAGUUGAUCUACAGUCGUUUCAGAGAGUUCUUCAAAGUUUCCUUGUAGCCCUGUUUUCGUUCUCCUUAUCGACAAGUACCCGUGACGACGUCAGCAUAGAAGAAUUGUUUUGGUUGACAUGCAUCUCCCAUCCUCACGAGAUUACCGCUCCAACGUAGUUGAGGCUGCCUCAACAUGACGUGAAUGCUGAGGAUUCUGGUCCGUCCUAUGACUUUCGUGUCGGGUAUCCUGUCCUGUCAUCUCAGAUUUAGUACUCUGCUAAGACAGCUGAAAUGUAAGUGUCUCUUGACACAGCUGCGGUAGACGGUCUAGGUCACCGCUCCGGAGGGAAGUUUCGACGGCCUUGUACAUAUUAAGCUGGAGGCCGUGGCGAUUCCACACGUAGUUCUGCGGCCGGCCGAAGGCUAUGCUGGCUUAAGAGAUCCGGUGGGCCACUUCGUCGACAAUUCCGAUGCGGUGAUACAUUGUGCUACCUAGGUAGUUGCAGGCAUCUACGAUCUUCAAGUCGACGCGGAUGCAAGAGAAACUGUAUUAAGCGGUCGGUGGUUGUUGAUGCAUGAUCACCGUCUUGCCCGUAUUAAUAGUCAGUCUGAAGUGGGAGCAGCCGGAGGCAAAGAGAUCCAUGCUCCGUCCCAUGUCUUCUUCAGUCGUGCUGUCGAGUGCUCAGUCGCCAGCAUGGAGAAGAUCGUGGAUAGCAGUUGCGGAGAGACGCGUCGGGGCCUGAAACCGCCGGCUAUUGAGGUGUCUGUCGGUCCUGCAGUAGAUACGAAUCCCGGGACGUCCAUCGGCAUAGCAGAAAACAUGAGGCCGAAAAGGGUGGGCGCGAGUACCCGGCCCUGUUCCAUUCCAGUGGUCACUGCGGAUGCUGCAGAGAUUGCGCCGUUGUUCGUGACGCGCGCCAUUAUCCCAUCGUGGAGCUGA